CCUGUCCACGCAGCUGGGUCGCCAACAGGGACCCACAUUUCCUCACUUCACAGGCUCCUCUUCCUCCUCCUCCUCCUCCUCCAUCCAUCGAGCUGCAAACAUGGGCGAACCGAAAUGAGAUGCAGAGCAGCAGAGAAGCAUCGGAUUGAACCAUUUAAAUAGACAAGAAGAAGAAGAAGAGACUGCAGCCAGACGUAGACCAGCAUGCCGUUGGUGAAGAGGAACAUCGAGCCCCGGCACCUCUGCCGCGGGGCGUUGCCUGACGGGGUGACCAGUGAGCUGGAGUGUGUGACCAACAGCACUCUGGCAGCCAUCAUCAAACAGCUGGGCAGCCUCAGUCGCCAUGCAGAAGACAUUUUCGGAGAGCUGUUCAACGAGGCCAACAGCUUCUACCUGAGGAUGAGCAGCCUGCAGGAGAGGGUGGACCAGCUGGCCGUGAAGGUGACGCAGCUCGACUCCACCGUGGAGGAGGUCUCCCUGCAGGACAUCAACAUGAGGAAGGCCUUUAAGAGCAGCACCACCCAGGACCAGCAGGUGGUCUCCAGGUCCUCCGUCUCCAACCCCGUGGUGGAGAUGUACCAUCGCUGCGACAAACCCCCCCCACUCAACAUCCUCAGCUCCUACAGGGACGACAAGAAGGACGCCUUGAAGUUCUACACCGACCCCUCGUACUUCUUCAUCCUGUGGAAGGAGAAGAUGCUGCAGGCCACCGAGGACAAGCGCAAGGAGAAGAGGCGGCAGAAGGGCUGUCCGGCCCACCCUGACAGGCCCCACUCCAGACAGGCCCCACCCAGGAGCCCCCUGUCCAUCUCUGAGCAGCAGAAGCAGGUGGAGGACCCCAGCAGAGAGGUGAAGAAGGUGCGUAAGGCUCGUAACCGCCGUCAGGAGUGGAACGUCCUGGCCUACGACAAAGAGUUCAGACCAGACGCCCGCCUCACCCCCUCCCCCUACCACGGCAUGUCCUCAGAGGGGUCCCUGUCCCCUGAUAGCAGGUCGAUGACCUCUGACUCCUUCCCAGCGUCCCCCUCCCACCCCUCGACCCAGGUCCCGAGCACCGUGCACCCCCCCGACCACGGCCGGGAGCACCUCAGCGCCGCGGCCCAGACUCAGUCUCUGGACCGGAUCCUGCGGCCCCCCAGCGGGCCCCCGGGGGCCGUAGGAGCGGCCGCACCGGGGCGCCACGCCGCCUCUCUGGGCCGAACGCCUUCAGGAGCUCAGCCCGGAGGAGAACCGGCUGUUAACGGGCCGAGGCAGCCGUCCGUUAAAGAGUACCGGGCCGGGCACGGUGGUCAGCCCUCCACCAUCCCAGAGUACUACAUCCCCCCGGCCCCUCCCCCUCCCCCCCCCACCAUCCCCUCGGCUCAGACGGCCUUCGACUCUGCGGCGGCUGUUCCUCCCUCCGCCGUCCCCCCCUCCUCCUCCACCCUGUCCCGCCCUUACUCCCCCUCCCCUCCUCCUCCCCCGGCCAACUACGUGCCCUCCCCCUCCCACCCCCCCUCGGGCGCCCCCCCGGCCGCCCCCCCUCCCCCCCCACCAGGGGUCCCGACCGGGUACCACGCUCACCCGUCAUCGGGGGACGCGGCCAGGAAGGCCACCGCCAUGCUGGGGAUGAUCCCGAUGAGCGACGCCCGCUCAGACCUGCUGGCUGCCAUCCGUAGAGGCAUCCAGCUGAGGAAGGUGCAGGAGCAACGAGAGCAGGAGGCCAAGAGGGAGCCGGUCGGAAACGACGUGGCGACCAUCUUGUCACGCCGCAUCGCCGUGGAGUACAGCGAGUCCGACGACGACUCCGAGCUCGACGAGAACGAGUGGUCUGACUAAUAAAGUUUAAAAUAAAGGGAGACGGAGGGGUGGGGGGAUCACUGGGAGUAAAAAGGGGGGUGAAACAUUGAGACACUGAGGUGGUUAUGACGGGGGUUUGGUGAUUGUUCAUCAUUAACAUUUCAACAUUCUUACAGCAACAGGUAGAAGACGUAUAUUCUGCCUCCCAUGGUAAU